AUGGAGGCCUCGCCGAUACCACGACGAGACUUUCCUCACAUCUGGGCGUCCAUACUGUCCGCAGUGACCGAUGAGGACCUGCCGGCUCUGCGCGCGACGUGCCACGAGCUGAAGGAAUACGUCGACAACCUGAUCUGCGAACACGUCGUGAUCGUGCUGCGUCCGCGGCGUAUCUACACUGCAGUCGGGCACGUCUCCCUCCCGUAUGCUGGAGAUCCCGAGCUCUCUGCGCGCGUGAUGGCGCUUGACAUGCGAAAGGGCGAGGGCGGAGUGAACCAGCCGAUUGACCUGCUGGGACCGGAAAUUGCGUUCCACAACGUCCAGGUCGCUCGCGUGUUUGAUCAGGAAAGCGAGCAGCUCAUCGGCCGCACCAUCGACCGACUGCAGUUCUCGCCCGUCGUGCCGGUACUCAUCAGCCAGAUCACGCGACCACGGGAGAUGAAUAUGGACCAGUUCCGGUAUGCCGCCUUCGGUGCCGUCAUUGGGGAUACGGUGAUCCUACCCGUUCCGUACGAACUAGGCCUGCUCGAGAUCGACGAGUUCGGCCUCCCUCCACGAGACGGUGGGGAAGUCAUCGUGAUCUUCGACCAGCGGUUGGAUGACGCCAUACGACAAGAGCUCAGCGACGAACCCAACGUGGAUUCGGAAGAUCGGUUCGGGUACCGCCAGCUUGCGAGGGAACUCGCCGAGUUCCUCUCGUACGAAGACACGAAGAGGGUCACGAUCGUCAAUCUGCCUGAUCAGAGGAGGGAUGAGUUUCGACACAAGUUUGAGGAGAGCGUGGAGGACGAGGUGUAUUAUCGCGAAUGUGACGGGGACGACUUCGCUCCUGUUUACGACAUCAUGGACGAGAAGAUGCGAUAUCUCUCUGUCGACCAGUGGAGGAACGAGGUGCACGACGAUCUUUACGAACUCGCUUGGGAGAUGCCGGCCCUUCAUCGGUGGACUCGGAAGUAA